CCACCGCAGCGGACAGCGCAGAGUGAAGCCUCGCUUCCCUCCCACGGCGACCAGGGCCCAGAGCAGCAGGUGUAGCAGCCCGCCUAGAAACCGGACACCAUGUGCGACGAAGACGAGACCACCGCCCUUGUGUGCGACAACGGCUCCGGCCUGGUGAAGGCUGGCUUCGCCGGCGACGACGCCCCUAGGGCCGUGUUCCCGUCCAUCGUGGGCCGUCCCCGCCAUCAGGGCGUUAUGGUGGGGAUGGGUCAGAAAGACUCCUACGUGGGCGACGAGGCUCAAAGCAAGAGAGGUAUCCUGACCCUGAAGUACCCCAUCGAGCACGGCAUCAUCACCAACUGGGACGACAUGGAGAAGAUUUGGCACCACACCUUCUACAACGAGCUGCGCGUGGCCCCCGAGGAGCACCCCACCCUGCUCACCGAGGCCCCUCUCAACCCCAAGGCCAACCGCGAGAAGAUGACACAGAUCAUGUUUGAGACCUUCAACGUGCCCGCCAUGUACGUGGCCAUCCAGGCAGUGUUGUCCCUCUACGCCUCCGGCCGCACCACCGGCAUAGUGCUCGACUCUGGCGACGGCGUCACCCACAACGUGCCCAUCUAUGAGGGCUACGCCCUGCCGCACGCCAUCAUGCGCCUGGACCUGGCCGGCCGAGACCUCACCGACUACCUGAUGAAGAUCCUCACCGAGCGCGGCUACUCCUUCGUGACCACAGCCGAACGCGAGAUCGUGCGUGACAUCAAGGAGAAGCUGUGCUAUGUGGCGCUGGACUUCGAGAACGAGAUGGCGACAGCCGCCUCCUCGUCCUCCCUGGAAAAGAGCUACGAGCUGCCCGACGGGCAGGUCAUCACCAUCGGCAACGAGCGCUUCCGCUGCCCGGAGACUCUCUUCCAGCCGUCCUUCAUCGGCAUGGAGUCGGCGGGGAUCCACGAGACCACCUACAACAGCAUCAUGAAGUGCGACAUCGACAUCAGGAAGGACCUGUACGCCAACAACGUCAUGUCGGGGGGCACCACCAUGUACCCCGGGAUCGCCGACCGCAUGCAGAAGGAGAUCACGGCUCUGGCCCCCAGCACCAUGAAGAUCAAGAUCAUCGCCCCUCCAGAGCGCAAGUACUCCGUGUGGAUCGGCGGCUCCAUCCUGGCCUCGCUGUCCACCUUCCAGCAGAUGUGGAUCACCAAGCAGGAGUACGACGAGGCCGGCCCCUCCAUCGUCCACCGCAAAUGCUUCUAGACGCGCCACCUCCCAGCGAAUUCUCCUCAGGACGACAGACCUGCGAGCUGCACCUGGCUGACCUUGAGCCGCUCCCUGGCGACUUCUCUGUAACAACUCCGCGAUUUAACAGUGUUUAUAAGGUGUACAUACGUUAACUUAUUUUACCUCAUUUUGUUAUUUUUCGAAACGAAGCCCUGUGGAAGGAAAUGGAAAAUGGAAGAAGAAGCAUUAAAGCCAGUCAUUCUGUUUUGCUGC